AUGUCGGCGACUUUGGACUCAAAGUCUGUUGGCCAGACGAAGAAGUUUGGAAAGGGUGAGAGAACGAUCCCACACCCCAGCCAAAAGGCCUCAAAGUGGUAUCCUGCGGUCGAUGAGCAGCAGCUGAAGAAAGUCCGUAAGACCGCUCAUCCCACAAAGUUGCGACCCAGCUUGAAACCGGGCACAAUUCUCAUCCUUCUCGCUGGCCGCUUCCGCGGAAAGCGAGUCGUCCUACUCAAGCACCUGGACCAGGGUGUUCUUCUCGUUACCGGUCCUUUCAAGCUCAACGGUGUUCCUCUUCGACGGGUAAAUGCUAGAUAUGUCAUCGCCACUAGCUCGACAGUUGACCUGAAGGGGGUGGAUUCCAAGACUUUAGAGAAGGUUUCUCAGGCCGACUACUUCACCCGUGAAAAGGCUGAACAGAAGAAGGGUGAAGAAGCUUUCUUUAAACAGGGAGAAAAGCCAGAGAAGAAGAAGGUUGCUAGUGCACGCGCUGCCGACCAAAAAGCCGUAGAUCAGACUCUCUUGGCCACUAUCAAAAAAGAACCUUUCCUUGCUAGUUACCUCGCCUCCACUUUCAGCCUACGAUCGGGAGACAAGCCUCACGAAAUGAAAUGGUAG